GCGGCGGACCCUGUGCACUCUCUGGCCAACACCUGGGAGGAAGAUGCUACCGCCGCGGCAAGGUCCCGGCGGCCAACACCUCCUCCUCCUCCUGGUCCUCCUGCUGCCCUCGCUACCCCCGACCCGCGCCCCCGUCCCCCCAGGCCCAGCCGCCGCCCUGCUCCAGGCUCUCGGGCUGCGCGAUGCGCCCCAGGGCGCCCCCAGGCUCCGGCGGGUUCCCCCGGUCAUGUGGCGCCUGUUUCGACGCCGGGACCCCCAGGAGACCAGGUCUGGCUCGCGGCGGAUGUCCCCAGGGGUCACCCUGCAACCGUGCCACGUGGAGGAGCUGGGGGUCGCCGGAAACAUCGUGCGCCACAUCCCGGACCGCGGUGCGCCCACCCGGGCCUCGGAUCCUGCCUCAGCUGUGGGGCAUUGCCCUGAGUGGACAGUCGUCUUCGACCUGUCGGCUGUGGAAUCUGCUGAGCGCCCGAGCCGGGCCCGCCUGGAGCUGCGUUUCGCGGCGGCGGCGGCGGCUCCGGAGGGCGGCUGGGAGCUGAGCGUGUCGCAGGCGGGCCAGGGGAUGGGCGCAGGCCCCGGGCCGGUACUGCUCCGCCAGUUGGUGCCCGCCCUGGGGCCACCAGUGCGCGCGGAGCUGCUGGGCACCGCUUGGGCUCGCAACGCCUCAUGGCCGCACAGCCUCCGCCUGGCGCUGGCGCUGCGCCCCCGGACCCCUGCCGCCUGUGCGCGCCUGGCCGAGGCCUCGCUGCUACUGGUGACCCUCGACCCGCGCCUGUGCCACCCCCUGGCCCGGCUGCGGCGCGACGCCGAACCCGUGUUGGGCGGCGGCCCCGGGGGCGCUUGUCGCGCGCGGCGGCUGUACGUGAGCUUCCGCGAGGUGGGCUGGCACCGCUGGGUCAUCGCGCCGCGUGGCUUCCUGGCCAACUACUGCCAGGGUCAGUGCGCGCUCCCCGUCACGCUGUCGGGGUCCGGGGGGCCGCCGGCGCUCAACCACGCUGUGCUGCGCGCGCUCAUGCACGCAACCGCCCCGGGAGCCGCCGACUUGCCUUGCUGCGUGCCCGCGCGCCUGUCGCCCAUCUCCGUGCUCUUCUUUGACAACAGUGACAACGUGGUGCUGCGGCAGUAUGAGGACAUGGUGGUGGACGAGUGCGGCUGCCGCUAAUGCGGGGCGGGCGAGGACGCGGGCCCAACAAUAAACGUCGCGUGGUCUGCUC